ACCGUUGAUUGAUCAUUUUCCUGUCGUGGAAUCCCAUCUUUCUCUCUUCAUCCUGUCGAGUCUCUCUCACUUUUGGAGCCGGCCCUCUUCCAGCUGCCUCUUGUUUCAGCGUCAUGCGACCGCAGGUUGCGUGAUACCUUUUACCCCGCUAAUUAGUCCUUCGGUCCUUCGUUUCUUGUUGAAAUCUUCCUUUCCACGAAAGACUUCAAUCACCGUCACACCUGCCUAGGCAACUGCCAUACCAGCUAGGACAGGAACCGCCCUCCUUGCGACAACUUCGACGCGGGGCAGCUAAGAGCGAGUCUUGGAGGCACACUUGUACCGAGUUGCUCUUCACUGCUUCAGCUGUAUGCGAUAGCCGGAUCUCGAUCGCUCGUUUCAUUUCCUCAGGGUAGGAGGUUCCUCGCCGGUCCUCCUGAUCCUUUCUCGCCCACCCAGGGACACUUCCGCGAUUCUUCGCCAGUUUUCGACCGCUACCGCCCAUCAUGAGUAGACUGCUCAAGUUCCGCCGAAUCAUCUUCGCCCGACAAUUCCUCAUCCCCGUCGCUGUCGUCUACCUCUUCCUCUUCCUAACUCUGGGGCCAUGGUCACCACGCUGGGCCUCCUCGUUCUCUCCCUUCACCGAACCCCCCAAGAAAGGCCCUGUGCGCCAACCCACCAACUUCAAACCACCACCUCGGCUACAGGAGCGUGUCCCGUGCUAUGGGCCUCGUGGCAAGUUCCUGUCGCGGAGUCCCGAUGACGAGUUGAAGGAGGAGAAGCUCGAUGUCGCCUACCCCCAGCCCUUCUGGGGCUCAUAUGCGACCAUCGGCCUCGACCAGACAUGGAUGACGAUCGACGGACGAUACGGACCCUACGGAUACGGCGAAGAGGACAAGUCGUACAACAGGUCCAAGGUCGAUUGGAACAAGAUUAACUGGGGCAAGCUCCAGAACGAAUGCUUCGAGAGGAACCGCCAUCGCUUUCCCACCUCGGCUAUUCCCUUCGAUAACACUCUUCAGAUGGUUCGGCUCGGAUACAGAAACGUAACACGCAUUCCUGAGACUCGCCAGUGGCACGAGUUCAAGAACACUCGACGAACAGCAAUUGUCGUGCGCGCGUGGAGAGGAUACGAUUGGAAGGCCGAGGACAUGCAGAACCUUCGCUCCCUGAUCGUUGAGGCAUCCUUGAGGACAGGAGGAGAGUACCAGGUCGUUUUGCUCGUGGAUAUGAAGGACUAUCAACCGUACAUCUUCGCGUCGGACGAAAAUUACGAAAAGGCCCUGAGCGAGCUUGGGAUUCCCGCCGAGUUCCGCGAAAUCGCAGUGUUGUGGGACGAUCGCCUGCUCGAGAGCUGGUAUCCGGAUAUCGCGGAGCACAGAACCAUGUGGCAGGUGUACCAACCUGUCCAGCUCUUUUCACUUCACUACCCCGAAUUUGACCACAUCUGGCAAGUCGAGCUCGACAUGCGCUUCACCGGUGACGCUGGCAAGUUCCUCGACAGAAUGUCCGACUUUGCGCGCAAGGAGCCGCGCAAGCAGGCCUUUGAGCGCGCCAUGUUUCAGCAGAUGGAGAACAAGAUCGGAGACUACAAGGCCUUUUUCGACGCGGUUAAUAGGGCCAACAAGGGUGGAGCGUACAUCUGGGGCCCUCUGAGAAUUCCCGACAUCGAUCCCAUCGGCCCCGAGCCGCCGACCGAGCUCGCAAACAACGAGGACUUCAAAUGGGGUAUCGGCGAGGACGCGGACGUGAUCGUUACGUCGGCAUGCAACAAUGCGCAAAAGGCCGACGCCUGGGUUUUCAAGGGAUGGCUAGGAGGAUUCAAGGACGGAACCAGCACCCCUCGUUUUUUCUGCCCACCCGCCAUUACCAGGACAAGUCGGACCCUUUUGCUCGCCGUCCAUGAAGCCCAACUUGUCAAGGGACUGAGGGCGCCCAGCGAAGCCACGCCGUCCAGCUUUGCGCUCUGGCAUGGCCUCAAGUUGAGCUUCCCUCAACACCCCGUAUUCUGGAAGAAGAAGCACGACGACGAGACGCAAAAUGCCUGGUGGAAGGGGGGGCCGGCCAACAGCACCGAUGGCGUCGGUCCCGACGUCUGGGAUCACCCCAGUGGCAUGGGACUGACUUUUUGGUGGGAGAGCGAGUGGCCCAGGCAGAUUGUCGAUGCCUGGAUGGGCAAGGAGCUGCCCAAAGAUGUCGCCCGCCCCUGGCUCCUGGUCGAAAAGGACGGCAAGAGAUAUGUCCCGAACAUGAUGAUGCACCCCAUGAAGCACUACCAUUAAAAACACAAAGUGGAGGAACGACGACACCAAACUAUACAAAAAGCGAUAUCAUGGCGGCCUGUUUUAGAAAUGGCCGUUAACAACUUAAUGAAACGACGAAAUUCCACACGACUUGAGCAUCGGGAUCGCAUACAUGCAUGGGCAAAACUUGUCGAAACACCUCGGAAACGUGUCUGGCAAACAGCCCUGGGGCCAUGCUUGGGCUAAAUUCGAUGUACCUCA